GUUGAAGACACUUGUUGUAGUCGACCGCCGGAUAUCGAUUUAUGACGAAGUCCGUAUAAAAGUUGUUUCAAAAGGGAAAAAAAAAGUAGGUCGACUCUUGAAUCGAAAAAUAAAAAGACAGAGAGAGAGAGACAAUCAAAAUAAUCGAUAAUCAGAUCUUAUAAAAAUAAUCAUUAUCGAAAAGUAACGAAAAGGAUGGUGUUCAGCACGAUAGUAAUAACGACUGCAUUAAAAGGAGCAUUAGGCAUAGUAGGGACUAGUCUUUGGUUGGUACCACUUUUGAUAGCUGCUUUAUCUUAUUAUCAAUAUGAUCAGCUGGAUCCAGAAAGUCGACCUAUCGAUAGAUACCCCCUAAAUCUUGAAUACGAUUUUAUUGUGAUCGGUGGUGGAUCAGCUGGUGCUGUGGUAGCCAACAGACUCUCUGAAAUUUCUAAUUGGAAUAUUUUAUUAUUGGAAGCUGGACCGGACGAGAAUGAAAUAACUGACGUUCCUUCGUUGGCUGCCUAUCUGCAGUUAACUAAAUUAGAUUGGAAGUACAAAACGGAACCUACAGGAAGAUCUUGCCUCGCGAUGAAAGAUGGUCGUUGUAACUAUCCACGAGGGAAAGUUCUCGGAGGAUCAAGCGUUUUAAAUUACAUGCUUUAUGUCAGAGGUAAUAGGCACGAUUAUGAUUAUUGGGAAUCCUUGGGUAAUCCUGGCUGGGGUUACAAAACAGCACUUUAUUAUUUCAAAAAAUCUGAAGACAAUCGGAAUCCCUAUCUUAAAAACAACCCUUAUCAUUCAACGGGUGGUUAUUUGACUGUACAAGAAUCACCAUGGAUCACACCUCUCGCGGUGGCGUUUGCACAAGCUGGAGUCGAACAAGGUUACAAUUUGAGAGAUAUAAAUGGUGAAUUUCAAACUGGUUUUAUGAUACCACAAGGAACUAUUCGAAGAGGCAGUAGGUGUUCCACGGCUAAAGCAUUUCUGCGUCCUAUAAGAUUACGUCGGAACUUUCACACGGCUAUGAAUUCUCACGUGACGAAAAUCAUUAUCAAUCCUUUCACCAUGAGAGCGAUCGGUGUGGAAUUCAUGAGAAAUGGACGUAAACAAUAUAUUCGGGCUCGCAAGGAAGUCAUUUUAUCAGCAGGUGCUAUAAAUACCCCUCAAAUUCUAAUGCUCUCCGGCAUUGGACCAAAGGAACAUCUUAGCCAGGUUGGCAUACCUAUUUUGAAAGAUCUCCGAGUUGGUGAUAACCUUCAAGAUCAUGUAGGAAUGGGUGGUCUUACUUUCCUCGUCGAUAAACCGGUAGCUAUUGUUCAGAAACGUUUCUAUACCCCACCAGUAGCUAUGCAAUACGCAGCUAACGGGAAAGGACCUAUGACCACUCUUGGUGGAAUUGAAGGAUACGCUUUUAUCAACACAAAAUUUGCCAACAAAUCUAUUGAUUAUCCCGACAUUCAAAUUCACAUGGCACCGGCGUCUCUUAAUUCAGACGGUGGUAUACAAGUCAAAAAGGUUUUGGGAAUAAAAGAUGAAAUUUACGAAAGUAUUUACGAUCCGAUAGCAAACAAAGAUGCUUUCACUUUCAUGCCUCUUCUUCUCAGACCCAGGUCACGUGGUACGGUUAGACUAAGAAGCUCUAAUCCUUUUCACAGUCCAAUAAUUGACGCUAAUUACUUCGAUGAUCCGUUAGAUAUAGCGACUCUCGUCGAAGGUGCGAAAAUAUCCGUACAACUCGCCGAAGCGAAAGUUUUCAAACAGUUUGGUACUAGAUUAUAUCGGAUGAAGUUACCCGAUUGUCGACAUCUAAAAUUCGGCUCAGAUGCCUACUGGGAAUGUCAUAUUCGUCACAUUUCCAUGACAAUUUAUCAUCCAGUUGGUACAGCAAAAAUGGGCCCAUCAAACGAUCCUACCGCGGUUGUGGAUCCUAGAUUGAGAGUUUAUGGUAUCCAAAAUAUAAGAGUCAUCGAUACAUCUAUAAUGCCAACGAUUUGUAGUGGCAAUACUAAUGCACCAGCAAUCAUGAUCGGUGAGAAAGGUGCAGAUCUUAUAAAAAGCGAUUGGUUAUCUUAUCCAACCGAGUAAUAAAAAUGAUAGUUUCACAAAAAUUUGUUAAU